AUGUUUUAUUCUUUUCCAACUGAAACACAAAUUGAUAUUCUUAAAUUCUUCAGUUAUCAACAAAUAUGUUCAAUUAAACAAACAAAUUUAUAUUUUCGUGAUUUUAUUAAUAAAUUUGAGGGAGAACUUGCUCGAAAAGAAUUUUAUGAAAUUUCUAUUUUGAAAGAUGGUUUUGAAAGCCCAAUUCCUUUGUAUUUAACUUGUAAAUAUUUAGACGAAAAUGACUUUUACCUAAUUAAAGUUUCCGAUGUUAAAGAAUCUUAUUUUCUACAAUUGCCAACAAUUAUUAAAAACAAAGAGGACAUCAAAAUUGUCUAUUAUUAUUUUAAAAAAUUAUUUAAUUGUUCUUUUGGCCGUGGAAACUUUGUUGAAUUUAUUUUCAAUCCAAAAUUGAUUGAAUUUUUAUUUGGAAAUGUUAAAAUUUCAAAACAAUUUUAUAUUAAAAUUUGCGAAUUAAUUAUUGAAGACAACAAUAUUGAAUUUAUAUUUAUUUUUAAUAAUUUGCUUGGUGAAAUUCUUAGAAUUGGUCUAAAUUUAUCCAAAGAUUUUAUGGAAAAAUGCAAAGAUUUUUUAUUUAAAAUUUUAACAAAUGGAAGAGACAAUUUUAAAGAAGUUAAUUUAAAGUCUUUUACUUUUUUAGAAGAGAAUUUUGAACAUUCUAAAAAUUUGAGAAUGAUUUAUGAAUAUAUUGUUGAAUAUAUAGCAACAUCUAAAGACUUUUCAAAAAUUGUGCCUGCCAUUACUUUCGAAUUUAAUAAUUCCUCAAAUCUUAAAUUGCCCAAAAGAGCACAAGAAGUUGAAACUAAUCGAAUACCUUAUGUUAAAUUUACAAAAUACCAAAUUUCAAAUAUUCACAAUUCAAAAGUAAUAUUUUUUGUUUACAAGCAAGAAAAGGAGGAAGUUUUUGGUUAUUUUAAAAUAAAUAUAAUAAUGAGGGAAGGACAAAAUUAA